AUGUCAGUUGAUUCUGCUGUCCACUCGAGUAUUAUCAUCCGUUGCGCAUCAGACCUUUCCACUUCAUCCUUCCUUCUGCUUGUCAUUGGUCUCCUAGCCGCGGGAGGUGAUGUUGCACUUCCAGUUCUCGCCGCUGUCAAUGCUGCAUUGGGGUUGUUCCCUCCUUUACGAUCUCCCACUGGUGCCACACACCUGAUCCUCAGCGAGAUGAAAGGGAAAUGGGAGAGUUUUGGGAAAUAUAUCGCAGACAAUGUGGUUGCAGUCAUCGAUUUGUACGAUGCGUCUAACGAAGAGGUUAAGCCGUGGAUGGAAAGUGUCACGAAGCUAAGCGAGUAA